GCGCGCGCCAGUACACGUUGUUCCGGUUUCGGGUGCGUUCGCUGUGUGUACCUCUUGCCUGACCAGACGGUAACGACAUAAAAUUUUAAAAAAAUAACUCAAAGCGUAAACAAAUACGCGUAUCGUUGGUACCGGUGACGGGCUGUCUCUCUUUCCAUCAAUCUCUCUCUCACUGUCUCCCUCGCCCAACAAACAUAGUAGGUACCAUCGUAUACAUCGUAUACACACGCAACGGCGACGACUAUGCGAUCGCUGCACGCCGUCCCGGCGCACCCACAGCAGAAGAUCGUCCCGUCGUGACCACGCGCGCGCGUACUUAUUGUUAUAACGAUAUAGGCCAUCGCCGACACAACACGCCGCCGCCGUCCCGAGGAUAGACCGCCGCCGCAGAAAACCGGGAAAACCCGCCAUCGCCGUCCCAGAUGCGUCCCUCCGUGGUGUCACUCGGCCGACCGCCGUCGGUCCGGUCACCGGCCACCGUCCUGCUGCUGCUGGCCGCCGCGCUGCUCCCGAACUCCGUCCUGUCCGUAGAGUCGUCCACCGAUUCGAAACUUCAAUACAAAGUGAAUUGUGACAAUGACUACAUGACCAUCGAUGUUAAGAAAACCGAUGACAUUAAAAGCAUUUAUUUGAACCAAAUGAAAUUUUAUCCAGAGCUCGCCUGCCAACCGGUUUUCGAAAAAAACCUCAUUCAGUUCAAAUUGUCUCUACAAGACGUGUUCAAAUGCGGACUGACCAAAGUGACCAAUCAAGGAACCGGUACAGUCACGUACUAUCAUCAGAUAGUCAUAGAGAAGGACGGUGGUAAAAACUACGAGCACAAGUCUUUCGUAAAUGUGAAGUGCUGGUUUUCCGGAAACAAAAAUCACACAGUGGCCAAGAGGAAUGUGCUACCUGCCGGAUUCCAAGAGCCAGAGGACUUGGAAAUCACUACUUCGUUAACGGAAAACGCGCCGGUUCCCAUGCUUAAGGUUGGCGUGCGACAGGGUGGUAGUAUCGUUAACGGCGAGCUCAACGUCAAUCCAGGCACACCGUUGCAAAUGGAAAUAUACCUGGACAAAGACAGUGCCCCGAUCUAUGGGUUGCUGGUGAGCUACAUGCAAGUGACGGACACCAAAGCGCAAGAGGAAACCAUCAUAUUCAACGGCUGUUCGGUGGAUCCAUAUUUGUUUGAAAACUUUAAUACGGUGGACGGCGAUUUUUUGACCGCUAAAUUCAGGGCGUUCAAGUUUCCCGAGUCAACGUACGUGCAGUUCAAAGGCACCGUUAACGUCUGUUUAGACAAGUGCAGAGGGGUGGAUUGUAGCAACGGCAAAGUUGGUUUCGGAAGGAAGAGGCGAGAAAUCAGUGGUAUUCCACCUGACCCGAAUAAGGUGUUUGAAGUGGCCAUGACCACUUUCAUUAAAGUGGAUUACAAGAGCGAAAUGGCCCGAGAAAAAGUAAAAUUGGAAAUCGACACGACCGCGGACGAACGGAACCAGACCAACUCGAACUCGCUGGACAUGAGGCCCAAAGGUGGCGCCAGGAACGCCGACGGCACUGACCACAUGCGCGUGGACACCGAGGAAAUCCGCGAGGAGCUCAAGUACACGCUGCUGGAGACCAACGCCGGCCACACUCUGGCACCGCACACCAUGGCCGCGGUGGCCGUGCUGUUGUUGGUGGCCAUCGCGCGCGACGCGAUGAUGGACGUCUGAACAACGAGCGCUCUAACCUGUGGAGCCGUCUCACAACUAACCGCUCUAACCUUAUUAACUUUUCUAUUCUUUUUUUCGUGAUUUAUAUUAUAUUAUAUUUUAUCCAUAUUUAUUAUUAUUAAGUAUAUAAUUAAUUAUACGUAACAUAAUAUUAUAAUGACGCCUGUAUUGUCGUUCAAAACAAUAACUGUUUGGAGCCUUCAAAAAGCAAAAUGUUUGUGUUUUUUCGAAUCGUUUAUUUCCCCCUAGCCCCGCCCCUUGAAAGCUUGUUUAAUGCAUGAUGUGGGUGGGGCUUGACGGAGUGGGAACUCAACUUUAUCGAUGGCUAACAAUCCAGAAGACUACUCUAUUAUUUAAGUAAAUAAUUAUGAAAUAUUCAAAACUUAUAAAAAUAUUAUGAUCUAGGUACCUAACACGACCGUCAUUAAUCUAUCGUUAAGCAUUAUGCAAUUCUUCCACGGACUAUAAUGAAAAAAAAAAUUGAAAAUUUCAAUCAUCAAACAAUGGUAGUACAAGUUUUUGAAAUGCACGUCAUCGCACCGUGUUUGGAAAAUCGAUAAACACUUGAUUCACUUAAAUAUAUACGUAGACCUAUAAUAAUAAUAAACAUCGAUAUAGGUAUAAUAAUUAUUAAUACAACUUAUUAAUUUAUUAAAUUAUUUAAAAGUCAUAUAUGGACGGAUUGGUAAUGAGUAAUGACUGAUGAGCAAGGUUAAGAUUUUAAUGACAAAUAAAAAGACGAUGACCCAAUAUAUAAUGACUUACAAAAUUCCCUUACAAUAAAAA